AUGUCCAACCUGCUGUGCAGGACACCGGUUGCCCAAAGGGCAAGAUCUGGCGUCAUUCCCAGAUCAUUUGUUGUUUUUGAUGGCUCCCUUCGAAAUUCCUCUACUGGAACGACAUUGGAGAAAGCCCCCAGUAUCUCCUCGUCCAUAACCACAGCUCGGGCUACCGCAAAGGCAGCCACGGCACCACCUGCCCAUUCGGUUCUCCCCACCAAGACCCUCCUGCGGUCUCUCCUUGUGACCACCAUCUCCUCCCACCGGGCCCUGCUGGUGCCUUGCUUAUCUAUCCUAUCUUUCCUUACCAAACCACGGGGUACCUUACUGGAUGUGGAUAGAAACCCUGUUAUCCAUUGGUUUCUCAAAAAGACAUUCUACGACCACUUUUGUGCAGGAGAAGGUGAGAGCCAAGUCCGAGACACCAUUGGCCAGAUUAAAAGCACCGGACUUCGCGGAGUCAUCUUGACCUACGCUCGAGAGACUGUGCAGGACUCCAGUACCAACCAAACCAAAUUCGCCAACAACAAGGUCUCGCAAAACGAGACCGAUACACAAUCAUGUGAAUACAUUCAAGCCUGGCGGGAGGGUGUACUGAAAACCGUGGAUAUGCUUGGCGAAGGAGACUUUCUAGCCCCGAAGCUCACUGGAGCUGGACCAAAAGUAACCGAGGCCUUUUCCUCCGGCCAGCCCGUCCCCGCACAAAUGUUCGAAGCCCUCGACGAGAUCUGCCAACGUGUCGUGGAGAAAAACGCUCGUCUCCUCAUGGACGCAGAACAGCAUUCCUUCCUCGGCGGGAUCCACAACCUAACUUUGGACAUGAUGCGCAAGUACAACCAAAACGGGAAGGCUGUCGUGUACAACACAUACCAGGCUUAUCUUAAGAGUACCCCGAGCACGAUAGCCGCGCACAUGCAGAUAGCAGACCAGGAAGGAUUUACCUUUGGCUUGAAACUCGUGCGGGGGGCAUACAUGCGAUCUGAUCCAAGACAUCUCAUCCAUGAUACGAAGCAAGAUACGGACAAUGCGUACAACUCCAUCGUGCGGGGCGUCCUGCAGCAGCGUUAUCAGGGAUUCGGCGAGAACGGACGCAGAUUCCCGACUACUGACUUGUUUCUGGCCACGCAUAAUAUCGAGAGUGCGGUGGCUGCGCAUGAAUUACACCAGGCUCGGUUGCAGGCGGGGCUUCCCACCGGCCGAGUGGAGUUCGGACAGCUGAUGGGGAUGGCGGACGGGGUGAGUUUCGGGCUGUUGCAGUUGAAGGAUCAGCACAAUGUUGCGCCGGGAGUGUACAAGUGCUUGACAUGGGGCAGUAUGGGAGAGUGUCUGGGCUAUCUGGUGCGGAGGGCGGCGGAGAAUCGGGAUGCAGUGUCGAGGACGAUGACGGAGCAUUUGGCGCUCAAGGCGGAGGUGAAGAGGCGAGUUAGGGCGGUGUUCUGGUAGUUGUUAUCU